GUCUUCUCUAUGUACCGUUGAUAGCUAAUGGAUGUCGCACUUAUAUUGAUGUAGUGUGAAAAAUGCAUGCUUUUAUUCUUAUUUAUGUUGCGUUGUGACCUUUAGAUCUUGAACGCCAGCCCUGUUAAUGUGUGAAUGGGCUAUGGACGAGAAUAAGUGUUGAUUCACUGUGCUGGAGAACAGUUAAUACUAAUAAGCGAAGAGCUCGCUACAAUUCCAUUGAAGAUUAUAUUUUUGCAAUAUUUAUUAUUUUUAAGGUAAACUCUAACGGACCUACUUGAAACGAACUAAAAUUAAUGAGACAUCUUAUCUUUUUUUACUUUACGAAACGGAUUUACCGUCCGUAGUGUGGUAAAAUUGAGAAGCUGAUGAAUGGUAUUUUGGAAACAAAACCAAACUGAGAUCGACGUGAGGCAGCUUUCAGGUCUGAAUUUAUGUACGUUUUAAGAAGUAGUAGAUACUCAUAUGAGUUCCAGGGAAGAAGUAAAGAUGGGGGAUAUCUUAGCCACUGAAGCCAAUCUGCUCGGUAUGAUUAAGGAGUACCUUAAGGCGGAACAGUUUGAUAGCACGGUUCAUAGUUUUGACAAGGAGUGCAAGAGCAAAGGAAAGCUUGUGUCCAAGCCUCAAGGAAAUGCUCUGAGAGACGUUAAAACUCACAUCGUCCAGAAAGACCUCCUUAGUUCUUUCAGUGAUGGAGACUACAAGGUGUUCUUUAAGGUGUGGACAGAGAAUAUUCUAUUUGAUCUAGAUUACACCAAUACUGAGGCCCAAAAGCUGGAGUUCUACCUUUAUAUCCACUUUACCAUCUACCCACUGAGAAGCCAACCUGGAACACAAGACCAGGCAGAGUUUGAAGAGAGGAUUUCUCAUUUCAAGAAAUACCUGGAGACACGUGGAAGAGCACUGAGUCAAAUCACUGAGUUUCUCCCUUAUUAUGCUUUGCCUUUUGUGUCCAAUCCCGCUAUUCAUCCCUUCUUCAAGGAUCUUUUUCAGGAUGCCUGGAUACCAAAGUUGAAGAAUAGACUUCAAGAGUUUCUGUCCGUGACCCUGAAGCCUUCAAACUGCCCGAGGCUGCUGACAUUAUAUAAGGAGGGUGGAAAGGGUUCGAAAGAAGCCUUGCAGCAGCUCCAGGUACAACUGGUUGAGUCAGAGCUGUGCUCCGCCAACUACAUGCGCAAGUUCAACAAGAUGCAAGCAGACUACUACCAGCUCAUUGGCAUCGCUGCUGAGCUGGUUGAAUCUUUGGAGGCCACCAUCAAUGGAAAAAAUAUAUCCCCAGAAUACCUGCAAAGUGUGUUUGUUCGGCUGUUCAGCAGCCAGAUGAGGCAGAGCACGGUGCAGAUCACUGACCUCACCAGGCCUGGCACUGGAUAUUACUCUAUGAGUCCCUAUGAUGAUGCUUCCUCAAUACUUCGAGCAUCCAUUGCCCCACACAGACCUAAUGAAGUGCCCAUGCUGCCAUCUCUGGAUUAUGUGAAACUGAAAAAAGACCUGCUUGAAGGAUCAGACCGUGUGAAGACCCUGUUACUUCAGGCGCUGCGCUGGAGACUUACGCGGUCACUUCCCGGUGAACAGAGGGACACUGUGCUUCAGGCUUACAUAAGCAACGACCUACUGGAACGCAAGAGUACAAAGCAGGAAACUAUUCUUCAUUUACUGACUUCAAAGAACGAAAUGGUGCGGCAGUAUAUGGCUCGUCUCAUCAAUACCUUUGCCUCCUUUGCAGUCGGGCGAGGUUACCUCUCCAAGAUCCCUUUGCUUCUAAAACUACUGAUGAAGACACUACGGAAGGAGGAGAAGGACACCUUGACCAGAGAGAAUGUGCUGGUGGCUCUGCAGAAACUAAGUCUCGUGAGGAGCCAGCAGACCGCUAUGAUAGAAGAUGAUUUGAUUGGAUGGCUAGUGGAUGAAUUGCAUGACUCAGACUGUCUGAGCGAUUACACCCUGGAGUAUUGUGCAUCUCUUCUCAUGAAUUUAUGCCUGCGGACAAAAGGAAAAAGGAAGUGUGCAGAAAAUGCGAAGCAUGUGCUCAAGGUUUUAACUGACCUCCUCGGACAUGAUAACCAUGAGAUUCGUCCGUACGUGAAUGGGGCCCUGUACAGCAUCUUGUGUAUCCCCUCUGUUAGACAGGAAGCAAAAGCGAUGAGUGUGGAGGAGAUCCUCUGCUGCUACAGUAAGGAGGAUAAUCGAGAGCUUCACAGACAAAUUGGCUUUAUCAUUAAACAGCUCAACUCAGCGGAGGAAGAAGGACCAGAGUCGGAAGAGGAUGAGGAUGACAAUGAUGAAGAUUUAAUAGAGUCAGACCGAGAUAAAGAGGAGGUCCUUAAGCCACAGCCCAGAGAGCUGUCUGGGGAAAGUCUGCUCACUACAGAAUAUCUGGGUAUUAUCACUAACCUACCCAAAGUGAAAAAGAAGACAAACCAUCAGCAUAAUCCAAGCAUUGAUGAGCCUCUUCAGCGGCCGGUGACCCCAAGCUCGCAUCGUAACACUAAUGUAGUGAAUUACCACCCAGGCAGUCGUGGCAGUAUGGGUGGCAGAGAAGGAAAGAACGCCUCUUCUUUCAAGAACAACUCUCAACCUCACACGAGCUAUGGCAAUCGCCCACGCACGGCUGAGUCCCUGCAUCACCGCACCGACAUGGAGUAUGGUCGGCCAGCCAAGGUUUCUGAUCUGGACCAAUCCUACGACCUCCAAGCCAGAAAAGGAACCCUCCAAGAGAAACACAAUGAACGUUUUGACAGCGUGGAUUCUGUCUCCGCAUUUGCAAGCAUGCCGAGGCUCGAACGAACUCCUGAGCCAGGAGCCAUUCAGAGAAACCCCACGUGGACUCUGGCGCCCACGUUUUCCGAGACUGAACCCCAGCAGUGCAGCCGGCCAUGUUCGGCAAGCUCCCCGGGUGGACUGGGACGGCAGACCGGAGGCAGCCAGUCAACAUGGAGGUGAAGAGGGAGCUGUCACCACGGCGUCGAUCCAUCUCCCUUGGCACACCGAGUUUCCUGUAACAUCAUCCUUCCAGUUUUUGAUCAGGGUCAGCGUCACAGAGAGAGGGUCAUGAAUCAGCAAGCGGGGGCGGAGGGGAUUGAACAAUGCAAAGGAUUGUGAUCCUACAUUUUUUUUUUCCUGGCUUCAGCGCAGACUUUUGCAACCCAAUACGAGGUCAGACAAUAAUCGCAUCCCCCAACUAGCCCAACUCGAUGCUCUUUGCGGCCUCGUUUGGCCCUCAAUUUUCUGCUCUUUGUCACUUUUUCUCUCUCAGCAAGGUCACUAAGCACACCUGCGUAUGUGGAACAUCCAGCCACCGUGACAGAACAGACAAAUCUUAAUUUUAAAACUGGAGAUUAGCAUCAUGUUUACUGAGAAUGGGUUUAAGGGGCCAAAACAAAGAGAUAUGAUGAUGAAUAAUAGUUUUCAUCAGUUAGUCGGUCAGUUAUUGUCAGUGCUGGAAUUCGCUUUGCGGAAAACAAUUUUAUUUUCUAGUUGUGCAAUAUUUUGUAGAUCAAGGGUUCUAUUGCAGUGUUUACACAGCAUUUACAAAAAAAAGGAAAUUGUGUAAAUAUUUUAGCUGUCAUAGUUUGCAUUGUACAUUUGCACUGUUCAAACUCCAAUCCCAUAUUCAUGUGGAGCAUUUUUUUUUUGUCUUGUUGACAAUUUUAUUUCAAAGGAAAUUCCUGACUUUUAAUCCAUAUUGUAUCUCUGUAGUUAUCUAUGCAUUCAUCGAUCCAUUUAUUUUCUAGCAUCCAAGUUUACUGUGGGAAAGAGGGAUGGUACACCUUUGAUGCCAGUCAAAGGAAAACCCAUAUUGACACCGCAUGCAAAUUCACACCCAAUUAACCGGUCAUGCAGGUUUUUGGAGUGUGGGAGGUAAUUGAGCGACCUGGAGAGAACCCAGGCAAGCACAAGGAGAACAUUCAAACUUCAUACAGAAACGUCUGAACUGAGAUUCACACUCAGAACCCUCGUGAAAAGGAAUACCUUGCCGCCAAUCCCCCUACCCCACCAAAAAAAAUAAAGAUACUCCAUUGUCAUUUUGACACGAAAACAAUGUCAUAACCUUUUCACUGGACAGUCAUGAUUAAUGUUUAAUCAUUUUAAAUUAUACUCAGCAUUAUGGGAAUGCAGUCAUUAAUAAAUGAACUAUUAGCUAA